UAGAGCAGAGCUGAGGAUAAAUGAGGUUCGGAUGCUGGACUCCGGUUAAAGCCGUUCAUCUCAGAGGAGUGACCGUUCACACCCACAUGCUGCCGACGCACGCCGGGACCGGGACCAUGCGGAGCUCCUCCAGGCCGCUGCUGUGCGCCCUCCUGCUGCUGUGCGCCGCGGGGGCCGCUGGGGCCACCGAGGAGGAGCUGAGCCCCAGAGCCCUGCGGGAUUUCUACCGGAAAGGACCAAACUUGACCAGCGAGAAGCAGCUGCUCGGAGCUCUCCAACAGGUCCUGGAGAAGCUGCAGGCCAAACGGCUGCCGCUGUGGGAGAAGAAGUUCGGGACGGUCCCCACGUGUGACGUCGGGGAACAGUGCGCCGUGCGUAAAGGCGCGCGGAUCGGGAAGAUGUGCGACUGUCCGCGCGGAGCUUUCUGCAACGUGUUCCUGCUGAAGUGCCUUUGAGCCCGGCAGGACGUGGAAGCAGCACCGAGACAGCCGUGUUUUUCACGAAGAAGCCGAAGCGGGAGAAGGAGUGAACCCUAGAUUUAAGGUUUUGUAGGUUUUCAAAUUAAUAGAAGUUGUAAAAUGUCCCAUUAAAGGUUGAAUGGAUGCCUCAUGUAUUAAAUCAGUGUCAGUUAAGGACAGUCAGUGCUCUGUAAUAAAUGAACCUUCACCCUCAGGA